AUGGCAUCCAGAAUGGCCAACGGACAUGCCCCAGACCCCCUGGAUGCCUCUGGGUCAUCCCCUCCAGAUAUUUUCAACGCCAGCUCUGUCGCGGAAAUCAAAGCCACCCUAUCCCACCUCCACACCCAAGAAGCCUCCGUCACCGCCCGCCUCGAUGCCCUAGUAACGUCGCAGAAAGACCUCUCCAGGGAGUUGGGUCGGCUGGACCUGAUGCGCGCCAACAUCGGGUCUCACGCCAGCACGACCCGAUCCAUCAGCCAUGGCAUGCUCUCUGAGGCCGCGGGCACCGCCGACCGGAUCUCCAGCGCCGUCCGCCGCCUGGAUCUGGAACAAGCCCGGGUGAAAGCCACCCUCGAAGUCGUGGAGCAGGUGGCAGAGCUCAAGGCCUGUGCAUUGGGGGUGUCAGGGUCUAUGGGAGCACCUCAGGACUGGGAGAAGGCGGCCAGCUACCUCCACCGCGCUGCGCAGAUUCCGGACACUGUUCUAAACGGAGCUUUUGCAGCUGAGAUGGUCCCGACCGCGGACGUGCCUGACCCACCAAGUGUGACACUGGACAAUGCGGCGGAGUCCCUUUGUGGUCUGUUUCUGCGGGAGUUUGAGAAGGCCGUCAAGGAAAAUGACGGUGCCAAGAUCACACGGUUCUUCAAGUUGUUUCCCCUUAUUGGCCGAUCCGAGGUCGGACUCGAUCUAUAUGGCCGGUAUGUUUGCCAGGGCGUGGCAGCAAAAGCUCGCGCUAAUCUCAACGGCGCUGCUGGCGGGGCUCAGACCAAAGAUGGCUUCUUUUAUGCCAAUGCCCUUACAAAGCUGUUUGAGCAUAUUGCGCAAAUUAUUGACGGCCAUGGAGGGCUCGUUGAGCAUCACUAUGGACAGCGGAAGAUGGGCCCCGUUAUUGAGCGUCUCCAAAUCGAAGCCGAUGUGCAGGGCGGGAUUAUUCUUGAUACAUGGGGCGAUGAGCGUCACGUCGACCGCAAGUUGAUGGACAUCAAGUCUUAUGCUUUUACUUUCUUGGUUCAAAGCUUCUUGCCCACUCAGCGACCAGGUCAGCCUCACUCUCAAUCGGCUGCUGCGGGGGCCGGCGCAACCGAAGAAGAAGGGGUGGAUAUGAAAGAGAUCGAUGGCAUUUUGAAUGAAAUGGCCAUCAUGCUGGGCCGCUGGUCACUGUACUGCCGCUUCUUGACUGAUACAUGCAACGUGAGUCUACCAUAUUUUGCCAUUUGCUCGAGACUAACAAUGGUGCAGACAUCGGAUGAUGAAAACGAUGAAAAGAGAUUUGCCCUCCCCGGGUUCCUCCAAGAGUCGCCUUUGACUCAAAAGAUCAACGACCGUCUUGUCUCGCCCUUCAAUGCCAUGACGACCUUCUUCUUCCGGCGCUCCGUCGAGAAAGCAUUCCAGUUAGACGAGUCUCCUUCGGGUCUAACCCUGAACAUGCAGCGACCCUUGAAAGCCGACCCGCCUCACAUCACCUCAGCUGUCGACGACAUUAUGUAUAUCGUGAACAAAGUCAUACAGCAGACCAUCGCAACCUCACAAGAAGCGGUGGUGGCAAAUGUCGUUCCAACUAUCUCCCGCGUUCUAGGCUCGGACUUCAUUGGCAUGACCCAGCGCAAGAUGCGCGACGAAUGCUAUCCCCGUGCCAUCCAAGGGGGUCAACCUCCAGAGCAAACGACAAUCGCCUUCCUAGUGCAAAUCAACAACCUAGACAUAGCAGUCGACUACAUCCGCCGCAUUGUCCAAAACAACACGGGCACCAAGACCCUCCCAGACCAACCAGGCGAACCAACCCCCCAUCUCCUAAACAUAUUCCCAUCCCCAACCUCCGCAGCCAACGUCUACACAACCCUGCACUCACUCGCCACAAGCUUCGAGAGCAAAAUCACCGAACUCCUCAACGACGGCAUCCAAGUGAUCUUCAACAACGUCAUCAAGCCCCGACUGCGCCCCAUCCUCGCAGACGUGUUCCGCGACAUCGAAUACACCCCCGAACCAACAGCCGACUUCGACGACCGCGAGCUCGUCAAACCCCGCUUCACAACAUCAUGGAGCGAACUGAUGACGCCGCACGCUCGCAUCCUGACACCCACGGCCUUCGACCGCGUUCUCGGCACGACGGUCUCCUAUCUCGCCCGUCUGCUCGAAAAGAGGCUUUACUCGUACCAUUCGCGGAUCAACGCGCUUGGCGCGGCAAGGCUGGAGCGCGAUAUUGCGGGUCUGGUCGGGGCUGCGGUUGAGGUUGGCUAUGUGGCUGGUGCGCCGGGGCGGUAUAAGCACCGCGAGGUGUUUGCGCGGGUUGUGCAGAUGACGCUUGUCAUGAGUAUGGAUGAGGAUGAGUGGGAUGAGGUGAGGAGAGGUGGGGAAGCUGCUGAGGUUGUUGAGAAGUUGAGUCGAGAGGAGUUGAUCAGGGUUCGGGGGAUGGUGAGGAGGUAG